GCAAAAUGGCGUCUUCUUGAAUGUGACCCGCCCCAGAGCCCAUGGCUGAAAAAAACACCAACAUGGAGUGGGGCCUCUCGCGCGAAUAUCUUGCCGUUAUCCUGACGUAUCUCGUUGCUCUUCGAACUUUCGGAAACUACCUCAAUUCCUCUUCCCAGUGGACCGAGUUAACGAAAAAAUGCCUUCUUCUCGGACCGGGAAUAAAAGGAUUUAUGUUUUCAGUGUCUCGAGCAAGGUGUCAUUCAAUACGGUUUGGUGUACCAAAAAAGGGCGCUUAUAGGGUGUGUGAUUUUCUCAUUCGCUCGUCACCGAGUGGUCGGCAGUCCAGCGCAAGCCACGAUGGCGAACGCACAAGAAUCGCAUGAAGGAACGGGCUCGUACACUCGAUUUUAGCCGUUCUCUGAACGAAGAAACAUUCCAUUUAUCUUUAUGGAGGAAAUACAAACUAAACCUAGUGUUUUGAAGUUCGAAACGAGCAGUUUCAACGCAAAUGUCGAUGCCAAGAAAGAGCAAGCAAAGACGGCAAACGUUAUGUUUGAGGGAAAGAACAUUCAUUCUUCGCCGUUGGAUGGAAAACUUCUAUGUAGCUACAGUGAAAAGCUUUGUAAGCAAAGAAGGUUAAAUGGCUACGCGUUUUGUAUUCGACAUGUGUUAGAGGAUAAAAACGCUCCGUUUAAACAAUGUCAGUUUGUGGCAAAAUACAACGGACAUCAGUGUACAAAUCCUAUACCGUCUGCCGAGGAUCGAAUAUACUGCAAUAGUCAUUUACAAGUUUUAGGAAUCGUUCCCAAGAAGAAUCGACGAAAAAAACCUGGCGAAGGAGUCGAGUGCGAGGCGAAUUCAUCUUCUUCGAUAACAGAAUGUAAAGCAAGGACAGAUGUUUUGGCGACUCCAGCAUCGACAAACAUGUCUUCGAUCCCCACUCUAUUUCCUUAUCGUUCAAAAAAGCCUAAAAAUCAACCGCCGAAGAAAAAUUACGCAAAUAGUCCAGCGAUUGAAGAGUUGAGAGAGAGUAGGAGAAAAUGGCAGAAAGACAGAGCGGAUUUAUUCAAGAUUUAUGAUAUUGAGAGUUCUGAUGGUGACAGUUCCAGUGAAGGUGAUGAUAUGCCCUGGCAGCAAAUGUGGCUCUCUUCUGAUAGUGAUCUUGAUUAUGAAGCUCUCAGAAAAGAAAACAACUGCCUUCAUGCUGAUAUUAGAACUGCUAAGAUUUCAAGACUGAGUAGCCAGCUACGACGACAACUUCACCAACUGAGGAGAACACUGCGAACACGGCGUCAUCAAUACAAAGAUAUGAUGGCAUCUGGUAAUGUUCUGGUUAAGGCUGUUCAGAGUAACAGUUCAGCCUGUGUGGAUUCUCUUCUGGAAAAUAGCAAGAAGAUGCGGAAUAUAAUGAAUGACUCUAUGCAAGUAUUGUAUGCCCAGUGCACUGCCAAGUGGCCUGGAGGUCUCCAAUGUUCUGUGCCAGUGUUUGAUGUCAUUCAUGAGCGUCCUCUCUGUGAUGAACAUGCCAGGAAAAAGGCCAAAUUUCAAGAGGCUCAAGCCCAAGCUCAAGCAGCUGCAGCAGCAGCCAAGUCCUCUCCUGGAGUAACAAAGCCUCCCCCAAAGAAGCCACGGCGGAAACCACAGCCAAAGGCCCCAUUACUUCAAAAGCUGCCAAAGCCAACUAAAAAACCAGCCAAUAGAAAACCAGUUAUGCCCAGGUCAAACAAAGCAAGAGUAGCAAAGACACCUAACAAUUCAAUAAGACCUGUUGGUUUGGACAAUUCAUUUAGUCCUGAUAAUUCAUCGGAUAUGUUAUCUCCAGAUAUCAGUUUGUCAUUGUCAUCUGACUACUCACAUGGAAGUGGACCUUCUCCUAUGUCACCUGAUCUUGAUGAGUUUCAGCAGUAUGAUUCACCUAUGUUUGAAUCGGAGCAAAGGGAGGAGAUACUGCUUGGUGGCCUUGAUAAUGAGGAAAGUGAACAUGAUAUCCUUAGUGAAAAUUUCCCUACUGUUUCCAAUGGCAAUUCUGCCAUUAAAAGUCUGUAUUCUGGAAAAGGCAAAGAAUGUGGUGUUGGACACUCUGUUCCAGCAUCAGUGAUCACACACACCCCAGGAUUGUUAAACAGUAGUGGUUUUCUUGGCACAGGUCAAGAUGAUUCUUGUUUGUCUGAAUCUGGAUCAAAGUCAUCACCACUGAAUAGCAGGAGUAAGCCAAACAAGGUCUCUAACUUACGAGACUCAAAGAAGUUAGUUAAUGCAAGUAAUGCUUCUCACACAGGCCCAAGCAUUAUAUCACCAAUCAUUCAUCAGAACAAUAUCAAAAAGGAAAAUAACAAGAUCAAAGAACUUGCCCUUAAUAAGGACCCUAUGUUUUCUCCCCCACACGGACUUCUAGGAAGCAAUGAGUUAAAAUCUCACAGCAAUGGAGUGAACUCAGAUCAUCUUCAUUCUCCCCCUAUGACAAUGGAUAACAUCCUUUCUCCUACACAGCGAAGCUGGUCUGCAAUCGUAAACAAUACCUCUCCAGCCUCAUCAUCGUUCACAUCACCUCUUAAUUCCACACAAACAGGAUUGAAUAGACUUGUUUCACCACCUUUCUCUCCUCCUUCAAUGUCCCCUCACAUCUCACCCCACACAACACUCGGAAAUGUCUUCACAUUUGACAGACCUACACCUUUUCAGCAGUCACAUAUGACAUCACCCACUCUGAGCCCUGCAAGUCCAUCAUUCCUUCAAGGACAAUUGAAACCAACAGGAGCACGUUUUCCAAGGCACAAUGAAAUUGACCACUCUGAUGAUCCUUUCCUCUUUGAUGAUAGAGAGCAAACUCUAUUUGGUGGAACAUUUAAUCAGAAUCAUGACACAACCUUAGGUGACCUGCGGCUAAGAUAAAGUGUGCAAAAGCAGUCAUUUUUAUCCCUAAAGGAGGAGGAGAUUUCUUUUUUAAUUGCUACACCUGCAUCAAGUGGUUUGCUUAUAAGCAGAAAGAUUGAUCAGUAUACAAGUAUCUCGUAUUCUCAGUAAGCUUAUGUGGUGCCACUUCUGCCUGAUAUAUGUACAAUGUGUCACAGUAAUACCAAUCAGGAAUUCAUUGGUUCCUCCAGAAAGAUUUCCAGAGUAUUAACUUUUCAGUGAACAUUGCUUUAUUUGCUGCCAUUAGACAAACAAUACCAGCAUGUUGACUAUGCUGUUAUUUGUAUAUAAGAAAAUUACUGUAAAUAUUACCCCCACAGCUUUGUGGUGCAUGUGAGGGUGUGAUUCAUGUCAGGUGCAAAAGACAACUUGGUUGGAUUUUCCAGGCCUGUUAUUCUACCCAAGUUGCCUUAUUUUACUUUACCUACACAAAGAUUUGAAGGUUGGUGGAAUUGGGUUGUGGCAAACUGUGCUUUACUUCCUUUGCCUGUUAAAAACUGUAACCUUUUGACUCCUAAUUUUGCUUUCACCUUGUAAUUCUUGAACAUACAGACAUAGCCUUAAUUCAAUUUUACACUUUUUUAAAAUUAUUUCCUUUUUUAUUUUUAAGGAAGAGAAGGAGCCAUGCAUAUAGAUGAAAGAUACUAUUAUUAUUAAUUUUUUUCCCCCAAAAUUUUCCUAAAUGGUACUGAGUAGAAGAUGUAGGGGAAAGACAUAGCCUACAAUUUAUUUCCACACCAGUCAUUAGGGAAGCAAAAUUAAGAGUCAUCAGAGUUUAUGUUGACUAUACAUAUUUCAACUGAGUGUCAAAAAUAAUCCAGUAUUGGUGGAUCUUUUAUAUUUGUGUCACUCUGAACCAAUCUGAUGCAAAACUAAAAGAUGCAAUUCUUAAACAAUUGCAAUUUUGUUGCUGGCAAUUCCUCAUGCAUCUGUUAGUUUUCAUGGUUUUACUCUGAUCUUUCAUCUCUAAGUCAUGGUUUCUUUGAUGAGCUGCAGUGACUGCAUUGGUCUGUUUUAAUGACACUUGGUUGAAAAACUCUGUAUCUGUGUUUAUCUUACCUGAUUUGAUGCUGGCUGUGUUAAAUGUAAACAAAACCCUCCACCCUACUUCAAACAGUGACAUGUGACAAGUCUCAUGAUUGUGGCAGACAUAGAAACUGCAUUAAAUGCAGUUGAACUUAUUUUGAAAAGGAAAAAGAUGCUGUAUUUAUAUAACUUCAUCUCAAAGAUGACUUGAUAAUGAACUUACAUCCUGAACGUCAACUAGUUGUUUACCAUGUUUUGUCACAUCAAGGGUUAUAAAAAUCCAGUAAAAUUAUCUUGACUAAGACUUGACUCUCCUGACAGUUUUCAGUUUCAUGCAGCUUUUAUUCAUUUGGGUUACUUUGCUAGUUAUAACUUAGGUUUGUUAUUAUUUGUUGAUUUGGGGCUUAAUUCAAAUGUUUUGGAUUGUUGCAGGGCAUUUUCAAUCUGCCCUUUUGUCUUAACUUUUUUGUCGUUUUUGCUUCAGGAACAUUCUUUCAGUGAAGGUAAUAUGUUGUCUUGCCUAUUGGGAAAUUUCACCAGUAAAAUGAUAAAACUGUUGGAUUUAUUAUUAUUUUGCUUUAGCUAGCUGUAAGAUGCAAAUUUUUGUUUUUAAAAUUAGGGGGCACCAGUGUAUAAGUAUUUCUAUACCAUUGUAAGGCAGUAUGCUCUAAGAAGAUUUCUUUGUUUAUAUACACUUUUCUGUUUUAGUUUUGUUUGAGGCAAGUCACUUAGCAUUUGGUUGCAAUAUGGCACACACUUAAAUUGUAGAGGAUAAUUCAAGACUUAGUCAGGCUUCUGUCUGUGAGUAGUUUUUCUCUCUUUCUCCCUAGUUGCGAAUGAGUUAGCUUUAUGUAUGGCCAUUUCGAACCUGGCAGAAUAUUCAGGGGAGUUUAUUCAUGGCCAGAUUAAUUAUACUUAGGAAAACAACAAGACUUCUUUAUUUGUUCGUUUGUUUGUUUAUUUUUUAGUUGUAACCAGACAUAACCACUCUAUGCAAUAGAGAACAUGUCCACUAACAAAGAUUAUUGUGGCCUCUGAACUGAACUAAAUAUAUUUAAUAUGGAACAUUUGUUUAAAAAAUAAAUAAAGUAUUUUCUGAGAACAUAAA